UCUCCUCACCUCAUUUCACCCUCAGAGCUCGAAACACGCAGAAGGUUGAAGUUGGACGAAGCUGAAGACUUCACAGGUCACAAUGAAGACUCUGGUGUUUGUGUCUCUCGUGGGAUUAUUCCUCCACGACACGACGGCAGAGAUGCACUCUGUGAAGUAUUUCUACACGGCGUCUUCUGAAGUCACAAACUUCCCAGAGUUUGUGUCUGUUGGGAUGGUUGAUGAUUUUCAGGUAGAUUACUACGACAGUAACACCAAGAGAGUAGAACCCAAACAGGACUGGAUGAACAGAGUCACAGAAGACAGAGCUGACUACUGGGAGGAGGAGACUGAGAGAGCUGUGGGUAAACAGCAGUGGUUCAAAGUCAACCUUGACACUUUAAAGCGACGCUUCAACCAAACUGGAGAUGUUCACAUUUACCAGAUGAUGGAAGGCUGUGAGUGGGAUGAUGAGACUGGAGAUGUUAAUGGUUACACUCAGUAUGGUUAUGAUGGAGAAGACUUCGUAGCUCUGGACACAAAGACAAUGACGUGGGUCGCUCCACAACAACGGGCUGUCGUCACCAAACAGAAGUGGGAUAAUGACAAAGCUUAUUUAGAGAAUCUUAAGAACUACUUCAACAAUGUCUGUGUUGACUGGCUGAAGAAGUAUGUGGACUAUGGGAGGAGCUCUCUGAUGAGAACAGACCUCCCCACAGUGUCUCUCCUCCAGAAGACUCCCUCCUCUCGGGUCACCUGCCACGCUACAGGUUUCUACCCCAACAGAGCCAUGAUGUUCUGGAGGAAAGAUGGAGAGGAGCUUCACGAGGACGUGGACAAGGGAGAGAUCCUCCCCAACCACGACGGCUCCUUCCAGAUCAGCGCUGACCUUCAACUGCCCUCUGAUGACUGGGGGAAGUACGACUGUGUGUUUCAGCUCUCUGGUGUGAAGGAGGACAUCGUCACCAAACUGGACAAACGACAGAUCAAGACCAACUCCGUGAAUUCCAUCUACAUGAUCAUUGUCAUCAUCGCUGUUGUUCUCCUUCUUGUAACCAUCGUCUGUGCGGCUGGAUUCUGCCUGUAUAAGAAGAGAAAUGAGAGAGCAAAGCGGAAACAUUCAAACAUGUUUUUUAUAUUUACAUCUGGUGAAUAGUUCUCUUGAGGGAACCUUAAAUAACCUUCAAUGAAAUAAAUCUAUAACAAUCUUUUUUUUUCUGUUUCAGCCAAACGCCCUCCAUCCCGUAAGUGGAACUUGAUUUUAUUAUAUUAAGUUUGACCUUAAAUGAACUCUGUAAAUGAAAAAGUGUUUCUGGAGUGUUUUCUGGUGUAAAUGAUGGUUUCAGAGUCGGAUGUGUGCUAACCAUAGACUGUAAAAAUAAUGGACGGGACAAGGUCCCCGGUCUAGUGAAGCUUUUAUUUGUAGAGCUCCCCCUGCUGACUGGCUGCAGUAUAGGUCAUAAACCCCGCCUCCUCAAUGAUAACAGACGGGAUGUGGGUCAAACUGUAAAGCUAAAAUACUCGUCACAUCAUUUUUUUCCAAACCUAAACUCUGCUGUGAUCAUUAGUUAUUAUCACCCUACAUUGUGUUCAAGUGCUCAUUUUUCUGUGAAGUUUGUUUUAAAUAAGUUAUUUGAGGUUGAAAAACGGGAUUUUACGUCAUAUUUGACGAUGAUUGACAGCCGCGGAUCUUGCGUAGCUCUCUUUGUGAAUAGUAAAAGUUACGUAGUGAAGGAAAGCCGAGACGCCAUUUAAUUUUUCCGUUCGGUUUUUUCGUCUUUUUUGAGCUGGCAAAAUGAGUUGUUCUGCAGUAAACUGUUCUAACCGACCUGUGGGAGCUAAGGGAUCUUUGCAGUUUUUUCGGUAAGUAAAAAAGUGUGAUUUAUGUGUCAUUGGUUGGUUAAAGUCGUUAUCUAGCUAGCUAACACAUAAGCAGUCUAAGGUUAGCUGAAAUGUUGUAAAGCUAGGUUACUUAUCCGGCAUGAUUUAUCUUUUUAUUUUAUUUUUUAAAAUGAGCAAACCUAAUAACUGACAUGCUGUGUUUCUUGAUAUUGUUAUAUCAUUAUUGUGAUUUAAAUUGUAUUUAAAACCAAGAAUCGUAAUAAAAAAUCUGUUCAUAGAUGAGGUUCAUUGACUGUACAGUUAUUUUACAGCAAAAAUAAAUAAGUCUGGUAAAGUCUCAAAAAAGUAUCUAGGGCAAAAACAAAGCCAAAUAAUUUAAAUCUGGCCUGCAUCAUUACUAAUGUGUACAUGUUUACAGUCUGAGUGAUAAGUGGGUUAUACAGAGAGUAACAGGUUUUACUUUCACCGUGCAGACUGAAAUUCAUAGAACUAUAUACGAGGGUAGAAUAUUUCUCUAUGUAUCCAGAUAAAACUAAAGGUAAGAUCUGAUUUAAUAUAACUGUUACUGAUUUAAGAUCCAGAUAAAACUAAAGGUAAGAUCUGAUUUAAUAUAACUGUUACUGAUUUAAGAUCCAGAUAAAACUAAAGGUAAGAUCUGAUUUAAUAUAACUGUUACUGAUUUAAGAUCCAGAUAAAACUAAAGGUAAGAUCUGAUUUAAUAUAACUGUUACUGAUUUAAGAUCCAGAUAAAACUAAAGGUAAGAUCUGAUUUAAUAUAACUGUUACUGAUUUAAGAUCCAGAUAAAACUAAAGGUAAGAUCUGAUUUAAUAUAACUGUUACUGAUUUAAGAGACUAACCGAAACGUGAACACAAACAUCAACAACCUGCGGUGGUGUAAUGUAAUAUUAACUGAGCAUCAUGCUGCUUAAACUGAUAAAUAUUCUGCAUUGUCUUCCACACACCAAUUCAACAAUCACAAGUUGAUCAUAUUGUAAAUUUAAUGACGCUCAUUGAGAAUUUGUACUAAAACCUGACAAACACUGCGGUGAUUGUGACUGUGUCUGUAUUUAACACCUUUUGAAAGGAAGGUGUUAAUACAGGAGAUCAGCGUUACACACAACAUGCUGCUGUUAUGUUAGUUAGGAGGAGACAUAGGUACAAUAAAAGAAGACAUAAAGAUCACGUUUUUCCCCACACAUGUUAAUAUGUUUUAAAUGUCAUACAUUUAUUUUUUAUUUCGCUUCAAUAAUCGUUAAGGAAGAGAAACACCAUGAUUAAACUACAGGCUAUUGUUGUCUUUUUAUAGCCAAAGAAAGCUGAACAUCCACAGCCUCUGCAUUCAAAAGAAUUUCAACAUUGAUAUUUAUGUCGUCCUAUUUCCCUCUUUUCGCCAACAUUAUAUUCUAAACUGAGGAUUUCCUUUUUCUCGGGUCUCUCGUCUCUCCCCCAGCUCGCCCCCUCCGGUGCGCUCCUCUCCAUAAUGUGCUCGUCUCCUCCCUCUAAAGCCCGCUGCUGCUACUCUGUAGGACGUUUGGAUUGGGGGACCUCACCAAUAAAAUACUAUUUUAUAUUUUAUAAGCAGUUUGCCACCACACUGCACUUUUACUCUCUAAAGGCAUAUGAGUAUGUGUGUGACAACUUUAACAAAGCUUUACCACACAGUCACACCAUCCACACAGCUGAUCCAGGGUUUACUGUAGCAUCUUUUACAGCACUAAGAGGUCAUGUACAGGCAAACAGAGAGAAGGGAAAAGAAACAAUCUGUGCUCUCAAACAACAAAGCAGUCUCAAAUCUUUUUGAGGAAUUACAGCUAAAAAAAAUCUACUUUGCAUACAGUACAUCCUCUGAUAAAUACAGUGAAGUACUUUGAUUGCAUUUCUGUGACGUUCCUGUAGGUGACCAUGAUGCAGCCAGACUGAAGCAGCACGUUGUGAAGGUGGACGCCAUCAUCUUGUCUUCGCAGUGCUGAUUCUGAAGAGAACGCCUUCACAUAGGACUCAAAGGAAAUCAAUGCUUAAAGGAAACAACAGUCCAGACUCUGACUCCAGCUCCGAAGACGCCCUCAGAUUCAGAUCCAUCAACAACACCUGACAACAUGGAGGACUCGUCCCCUGAGCGUUUCCUGUCCUCUCUCCAUGGAGUUCUUCUCUUCAGUCAUUAACUCUUGAAAACAGCAGCACAACAUGCCAGACUGUUUGACAAGUCUGUGAUUGAAUAAAUGGAAAUGGAAUCUCA